AUGUUAAACAACAAGACGACGCGAAUGAAGAAUCGACAAAAUGAUUACUCCCUGUGCUACCAGUCAAGCUACCCGCCUGUAACUCAUUCUUGCAUCAUAUUGUUAGAUGGUCGCUCCGGGAUUACUGGAUAUGCUUGCUUCCAGGAAAUGGGAGGGGCGGGUCAGGGAUCCUCGAUCCGUGUCAUCUACCUGCUCAAGUAUGCUGGAGCAAACACUGGCAAGUCUGUUCGAGUUUCAUUGCGCCCAAGACCUAUAACCAUCCUUCUGUAUAUGUGGAUAGAAAUCCUCAUAGCCCCUAGAUCCGGUACCGUUGAGCCUGGGAGUAACAUGCUCUCCGACUUUUCAGAGCCACAUUACCCUUUUAUACAUAAAAUGGCCAAGACAACUCAAAAUCCCCAGCAAACUUUUCCUUCAUCUAUUUUUACCCUAAUUUGCGUUCGCGAAAAGGGGGGGCCACUGCGAGGUUUCGAUCCUCCAAAAAUCAGCGGUCCUUCCGCGCCCCGCCAGCCAGCCAGCCAGCAUACCUUUUGCAGCUCUUUGCGACAUCGCGCCCGUCUAGGCAAGAGCUUCGCCGUCUUGGAUGGGGGGCACCCCAAGCACCCACGCACUCAACGCACUCUCGCCGAUCUUUGGUCGGCAAAGGGGCUGGCCGGAUGGACAGGCCGCAGCACAACAUCGCGAACGCUGUGCAACAUCACUAAUGCACAUACCUAUGGCUUGAUUCUGAUCCUUCAUUCUUACAAUGAGCUGACUGAAGCAUCCUCUCUUGUGCAGAUUGCAGCUUGA